CGUAACCAUUCUGUAAUCUCUGGUCAAGAAACAGGUGAAAUGUCUAAUGUCUCCUUUCUUUAAAAAAAAAGUAUUAAUAUUAUGCUAAAAUUGCAAAAACGGCUAUUUUCUUCCAUUUCAAAAGAAUCUCGUGGUAACGUGUCAAUAGUCGGCAAUGUGUAAGACUUUUAUUUUUUGGUUAAUUCUCAAUGUCUGCCAGCAAUAUGUAGGGUCAAAUAGCGAUUCCGACCAGUUAUUAACAACUGGUCAAAAACAUACUUUAAAAAGUCCUUCAAAUAGUUAUAGUAUUCGUGAAGAAACUUUUGGUACUUUUGAUAGCUGUAGUUAUGAUGAUUUUGCCUGCUUGUCAAUGGCACAAAAUGAUAAACAUGGAUUGGAGGCAAUUCGAUCAUUACACCAACAGCUCGAUGACGAUCAGGAUGGAAAUAUAGACUAUGCAGAAUCUGAUGAUUUCUUAAAGGCUGAGCUUAAAUAUGAUUCUGGUGCUGAGAAACGGCAAAGAGCUUUUCACCGCAACAAUGAUAUGCACAUUUCUGUUAAAGAACUAUGGGAAUCAUGGCUCAAGUCUGAAGUCCAUAACUGGACUGUAGCCCAAACCACGGAAUGGCUUAUCAGUAAUGUGCAUUUGCCACAGUAUGCUCCAAAUUUUAUGCUGCACAAAGUUACUGGUGCUAACUUGCCAAGGUUGGCGGUAAACAAUGGCAACUAUUUAGGAACGCUGGGUAUCAAGGAUCCGAUACACCGGCAAAAAAUCUCCCUCAAGGCCAUGGACGUUGUUCUAUUUGGGCCGCCUAAAGAUGGAAUAACAUGGAAAGACAUUACCUUAAUUUUGUCAGCUAUAGUGGUACUUUUGGGUGGCUGGUUGGCAUACCAGCAGAACAAAAAGUUCAAAAAUCAUUUAAAUCGAAUGAACAAGGACAUGGACAGUUUACAGAAUUCAGAAAAGGCAUUGGAGAAUUUGCAAAAGCAGUUGGAGGAGGCAAAACAGGCCGAGGAAUCGGCGAAACAUGAAAAGCAAAAUUUAGAAAAAAUGUUGCAUGAUUCGAAAUUGGAUUUUGGAAGUUUGACCAGUGCAUAUUCUGAAUCUGAUGUUACGCAUUACAAGGAAGAGAUAAAGAGCCUGAAAGCUCAACUAGAGUUGACCCAACAAGCAUUUAAAAGUAGCUGCUUUCUAGCGCCACAGGGACUGCAGCAGUGGUUGCAGUUGACAUACGAAUUAGAGCAGAAGAAUUAUGAUAAGAAGAAGGUUGCGGCUGAAAAACAAUUGCAGCAAGCUCGGGAAGCGUGUGAAAAAUUAAGGAAAAAAAGAUCGAGUCUAAUAGGGGCAUUUGUUUCGACGCAUGGCAAGGCGAUAGAUGACGUUGACAGGGCAAUAGUAGAAGCCCGUAGCGCUUUGAAUGAAGUCACCUAUGAACUACAGGAACGUUCCCAUAGAUGGCGUCAAAUUGAAUUAUUGUGCGGGUUUCCCAUUACGAUUAAUAAUGGACUCCAGACCCUCGAAAAUGCUUUGUAUAAGAACAAAGGAGAGAGAGUUAACGGAUUGGGAGGAAGAAUGAAUAGCGUCGACGAUUUAGAUUUGAACGACGACACCAGCUCAGUAUACGGUUUAGGUGUAAAUUAUGCAGAAAUCCAAGCUCAAACAUCUUCUUGGAAUGAAGAUGAUUCUUCUGGGAGCGACAUAAGCAAGCAAGACGAAAACGGAAAUGAAUCCAGACCGCCUGGAGGCAAUAGUGUUUCAUUUCAAAUUGGAGGCUCAGCAUAUCCAGAGGAGCCGAGCGCAAUAAAAAUCUUAGCCAAGCAUUUAGCUUCGAAUCCAAAGUCAAUAAGUCAGUCAAAUAUUAGUAUGAACCCACCUUUACCAAAACCUAUAUCAAGGGCAUUCUCGCAAGACAUUAACUUAGAAGACGUUCCCAGGCCAAAAAUUUCGGCGUCAGAAGGUGCGUUAGAAAAGAAGACCCUUUCCAGUAAACAGUUAGCUAUUCAGGAAAAUGUAGAAGUUCCUAAACAAAUUCCGCCGAUCGAAGACGACAUUUGUUCCACAGAUUCGUCGCUGAUCGAGGAGGGAGAAGUCAAAAAGAAGAAGAGAAAGUUAUUCAAUUUUGCGAAAAAGACCAGCUUAAAAAGAAGUGAUAAAUCAUGAGUGUUAUAGAAAAUCCAUAGGAUGGAAAACUUAAAUUAUGUUUAGAAUAUACAACAAUAAUUGGAAUGUAACGCCUCAAUUUUUUUAGGGGUUGACUUAAAAAAAAAUGGCCACCUACUUAAAGUAAUAAUAAUUCUCCUUAAAGUGAACUUUAUAGAAUUUGGUUUUAUUCCACAAUAACAGUUGCUGGCGAAUUUUUUUUUUUUUUAAUGGUGCCUUAUUUUUAUGGGUACAGCACAAAUGUGUCUUCCGGGGUUACUUUCUUAUGGGAGUGUUUACACCCUUUUAUAUAUAUUAUUUUUUAUGUAUUUAUUUUUCAAGUGUUUUUAUUUGAAAUCUCACUAUUCUAAAAACGUUAUUUCAUCCUUUUUACAUAUUGUUUAUGAUUAUAAACAAAGCAAUUUGCAAUAAUUGUUUUUAACUGAUCCGAAAAGUAGUAGGCAUUUCAUGACAAAUAGCUUCAGACUUCAGUUUCAACCGGAAAUAUAUUUUGUAAGAGUUAUGGUUAUUUAAUAUGUAGUAAUAAUGGUGACAUACAACAUUUUGGUACAAAAUAUAAGUGUAUACUAAAACGUUGCAUGCAUCUAUUACGUUGCCCAGUAGUUUUAGAGGUAUACAUUUUAAAUUUAAUCUUAAAUCCACCUUAAUAGCAAAGAUAUUGUGAUACUAGUUUCCUAGUGGUGAUAAGAUGUAAAAAAUCCUAACUUUCGUGAAUAUACAAACAAUUUGAAA